CCGUACAGCCUGAUCAAUCAAUUUGGGAUCCUCGGGACGUCCAUAUCCUAAAUCCUAACACUAACCUUAACUCAAUAACCCGUACCUUAACCCCUACCUAAAUACCAUUUUAAAUGUCAACUUCAAUUUGGGGUACGGACUUCCCAAGGAUCGCCUAUAGCACGGACCCAAUCGAAACGCAGACAGAGUUGUUUUCGUUUUACCGAAGUGCAGCCUACUUUCAGGAGAAAAUAGGGGUUUCUUCGUUUUCACUGCAAUUGCACAGCAGGUGUUGUUUUUAUUCGCGAAGUACCUGCUGCUUACCCGAACAGGAAUGGCGCUUUGACGAUGGCGAAAACACCAGAGAGCAGCGGUAUGGAUUUAGGAUAUGUUUCCCAUAGCUGCAGUUCACGAGCUCUGAAAGUUACAACAUCAACAACAACAACAUCAUCAUCAUCACCACCACCAUCAUCUUCCCUCAGCAGCAGUGCUCACCUUCAGCUAGAGGCAGCAUCACCACCACCCCUCCAAGUUCUCCAGUUGAAGAGGCAUCAUAAGCAGUACUAUAGCCAUGGCCACGAUCUGUUACAUAAGAAGAACCCUCUAGAUAAUACAGUGAGAGAUUUGUCAUCAUCCUGUGUCUAUGAGGUACCUGACUCUGGUGGUGUUUCCCAGGACCCGACUGCCUCUGCAUCUGCCAUGGCCUUAGCCGUCACUACCACAGUUUGCUCUGGUGUUGAGGCUAGAGAUGUAUGGAAGUCUGGAUACCUGAGAAAGAUGAAGCACAGCCACAAGAGAUUUUUUGUCUUGAGAGGGCCAAGUGACACAGGCCCCAGCCGUUUGGAGUACUAUGAUAGUGAGAAGAAAUUUAGAAAUGGAAGGAAAUCCGUUUGUAAAUCUCCCAGUGCUGUGGGUUCUCCAAAGAAGGUGAUUUAUCUGUAUCAAUGUUUUACUGUUAGUAAAAGGGUAGAUUCUAAACACAAGCACCUGAUAGCCCUGUACACUAAGGAUGAGCACUUUGUCAUGAUAGCGGAGAAUGAGGAGGAGCAAGAGGAUUGGUACCUGGCUCUGAGUGAUCUGGUGAUCCAGGAGAAAAAGGAGUACCAGGACGCUGAGGAGUUGGAUGAUGGAUACUGGACCGUCUCUCCUGGAGCCAUCUUCAAGGAGGUGUGGCAGGUGAUUGUAAAGCCCAAAGGUUUAGGACAAACCAAGAACCUGAUAGGUGUGUGCCGGCUGUGUCUCUCUGCCAAGACCAUUCACCUGGUGAAGAUGUGUUCUGAGAUGACGUCUGUGAACCUGCCUCUGAUGAAUGUGCGUCGCUGUGGUCACUCCGAGAGCUUCUUCUUUAUGGAGGUGGGCCGCUCGUCCUCCACUGGGCCCGGGGAGAUCUGGAUGCAGGUAGAAUCAGGCGACCCUGUGGUGGCUCAGAACAUGCAUGAGACAAUCCUGGAGGCCAUGAGAGCCCUGAGGGCCAUCCCUGAUUUCAGGCCUCGAAGCAAGAGUCAGUCAUUCCCAUCAAACCCCUGUGCCGUAGUCACCACACGACGUCAACACCAUGGCAACCUCCCACCCAGCCUGACUGGGUUACAGCGCUCUAUAAGGGUGGAAACUGUUGUGAGCAAAGCGUCCCCACAGAAAGAUAAAGGAGAUGGAGGCCACAGCCCCAAUCAAACUUCUAGCUAUGAAGAGGGGACAAUGAACCAACUGAUCAGCCCAGGGACUGGCACCUUGGCUCUCCGUAAUGUCUGCAUCAGUAAAAGCCUUGAAGAGAGCCUCAGUCACUGUGCAUGCAUCUCCACCACCAUCAGUGUAUCCAGCAGCAGUGGCAAUGACUCUGAUACACACCCCUGGACCUCUGACACUUCAGUAUUUGGUUCUACCAGCGACAGAGGCUCUGAUACACACCCCUGGACCUCUGACACUUCAGUCUUUGGUUCUACCAGCGACAGAGGCUCUGAUACACACCCCUGGACCUCUGACACUUCAGUCUUUGGUUCUACCAGCGACAGAGGCUCUGAUACACACCCCUGGACCUCUGACACUUCUGUCUUUGGUUCUACCAGCGACAGAGGCUCUGAUACACACCCCUGGACCUCUGACACUUCAGUCUUUGGUUCUACCAGCGACAGAGGCUCUGAUACACACCCCUGGACCUCUGACACUUCAGUAUUUGGUUCUUCCAGCGACAGAGGCUCUGUCUGCGCUGAGGAUUUGUGCUCCAACCCAUGUGUCUUUCAGCUGUCCAGGAGUAACACCCCUGACUCACUGUUUAACACCACACUCAUUGACGAGAACAGCUUGACUGACUACGUGGCCAUGGAUUUGCAGGUAACGGCUGUGGCCGGGGCUAAUCAAGGAGAUAGCUGUGAUGUGGAAACGUCUAAGCCUGAACAUUCCAGACAAUACCACCAAACCACCUCAUGCACUCCAAAAUGCGAAAAAUACCUCUCAUCCAAGCCCCCCUUCCUCCAUAUCUAUAAUCAGAGUAAACUCCCAGUGGGGGAAAGUUAUAUGCCAAUGACUUGUGGACCAGGUCCUCAUUAUACAGAUGACAUCCCUUCAGAUUACAAUGUGACCCCCACUCUUCUUCAAACACCCAGUGCUACCAUGUUGCCCUCAGACCAGCUGGGGCCCCAGGGCUACAUGAUGAUGCUUCCACGUAGCUGUUCACCAGCAAAGGACAGCCUCAGUGAUGUUGAUCAUUUAGUGUAUGAUGAAUACAUGUACAUGUCUCUCGGGAGCCACAUGGAUGGUCAUAUACAUGGCUCACCGGGGGCUCUUAAGUCCUACAGCUCCGAUUCCUCUCUACCAAGCUCUAACCAGCCUCCUUCACAGAGGAACUGUGAACAUGAUGACUGUAUCUUCACGUGUCAUCCUGCAGCUCAUCACUGCUCUGCAGUUGAAUGGAACAGUAGAAACCCUCUCUGUAGCUCACCUCGUCACUCUGCUCAUCCAAGCAGUGAUGUGCUGCUGAACCUAUCAGAUGUGCCUGUGUUGAAUGUCACUGGUUUGUCCUUGGACCAGCAUGGGGUUGAAGAUAGUGACCUGCCCACUCAAACUGAGUCUAUCCAGAUUUCAACAGAUCGUCUCAACUACAUUGCUCUCUACCUGAGGGAUGAUCAGUGUGCCACCUGUGAUGUCCCUUUGCCUACCGAUGAGGUCACUUCUCCACUUCCUGCACGUACCAGUCCCAGAGGGAGUGGGUCUGGACCCGGACUCUACACUGGCAUAGACCUCCCCACAUCAGCAGGACAGACUGCUGCCACCAGACGUUGGCUGUGUUCUUGUCUCCCCUUGUGUAUCAAUACUGAUGACAGUGAGUAAGAGGACAGUUUAAAAAGUGUCAGUGCUGCUUUUGAAUCGAUACAUUAUUGAAUGAACCAGAUUGUGAAUACUCUGCCUUGUUGUUUAUACGAUGAUAAUGAUCAAAUAAACAAGUUAUUUGUACUCAGUAGAAUUGUUCAUAUAAAAAAAUGUCUGUCAUGUUUCUUUACUUUUGGUGGUUGUUGCUAGUCUGGGUACCAGUUCCACACCUUGUACUCCCUUGCAUAUGGCACAGAGUACAACAAGUGGGAUGUUAUCUUAAAUGACUGGUACCCAGACUAGGUUGUUUUUUUUUACACUUGGAGAACAUGUUCUCAUAGCCCCUUGCAAAGAAGUUUGUUUUUGGCAAUUCCAGGGAAAUGGAAUUAUGCCGAGACUCAGAUCUUUCACUUUUAAAUGUAUUCCAAACCAAAUCAAUUGAUUUCAAAGUUGAACAAACCAUAUAACUCAAUGCACAAUGACUACUUUUAACAAUUUACGCAGAAAGUUAUACAAAUGUACUUGAAGAACAAACAGUUAAGUGUUAAGGUCAGUAACAGAAUGACAGCACCAAUGGCACAAACUGUCAUUCUCUUAGAAAAUGUUUUAUCUGCACUGUUCAAGUAAAUGUUGUCAUUUGUUAAAAGUAUUUCUUGUUCAUAAUUGUAUGGUUUGUUCAAGAUUGAAAUCAGAUUUUUUUGGUGAAGUAAAGUUAAAGUUGUGAGUCUUCAGGCAAUGUAUUGGUUGUCAACUGGAAGAAUGUACUUUUUGUUGUGUAGGCCUGAAUUAUUUGUAUUUUUCAUGAAUCAAGAGAGGAUGUUUGCAUUUUCUUUUCACAUUUUUCACAGGGCAUUUACUGGAUCGUUUUCUCUGUACCUGGACGGAAGUCAGCACGUUUGGGUUAUGAACAUUAAAAAAUUGUGCCGCAUUUUGUAUUUAAUUACCAUGCCCUGGGCCCAUAUUCACAAAACAUUUAUUACGCAAAAACUUAAGCCUCUUAAGAAAAAACAAAAUGUUAUAACUGCAAUUCCAGAACAAUAGUUAAAGCUUUUUUCCAAUAACCUUUUUGAGGAAUAGCAACUUUUCUUAACUUUCUUAAAUCUAUAGUUAAGGAAAAAAUGGCAGUUUAGAAAUGUCUUAAAAGAUUUUUUGAAUCUGGGCCCUGGUGAUUGCACCCUUUAAUGCUUUUAUACCAUUAAUGGAUGUAAUUAUACCAUUAAAAUAAAGUGAAUGCUGUUA